AUGAUGUUGCAAAUACAUCCAUCGAUAAAUGAAGCUCCAGCAAAAAUAACCACAGAUGGAAAUGUGAAUGAUGAACGUAGUAGUGGACAAGUAAAUUUUGCUAAUACCUAUGCGAUACCUGGAUCGGAGGAACGAAAUUUAAGUUUGAGUAAUAUGAAAAAAGCUAAUUUAGGAGUGAUGCUAGGUGUAUAUUUACCAACAAUUCAACAUAUCCUUGGAAUAACAAUGUUUAUCCGAUUAGCAUGGGUGGUUGGAAUAGCUGGCAUAGUAGAUACAAUGAUUUUAUUACUACUUUGCUGUUUAUGUACAUUGUUGACAAGUAUUUCAUUAUCAGCCGUUGCAACAAAUGGUAUUGUCGAAAGCGGAGGUGUUUAUUUUAUGAUUUCAAGAAAUUUAGGAGCGGAAUUUGGCAGUGCCGUAGGUAUUUUGUUCUAUUUGGCAAAUACAGUUGCAUCAUCGAUGUAUCUAAUUGGCGGAAUUGAAGUGAUGCUGCUCUACAUUUUUCCAUCUUUAACUAUUGGUGGUAGUGAUGUACACUUCGAUACGGGUAUGUGGGGAAUGAUGUCACAUAAUUAUCGUAUUUACGGUUCAAUACUUCUUUUAUUGGAAGCGAUAGUUGUCGCUAUGGGUGUACGAUUUGUGCAACUGCUUGCACCAGUAUCUUUAUUCGCCGUAAUUGUUUCUAUACUAGCGUGCUUUGCGGGUGGUAUCGAAAAAGCGAUUCAUCACAACGGUCAGCAUGUAUGUAUGCUGAACGAACAACUUCUUCAAUCACAAAUAUUUUUUCCGCAUGGCGCCGAUUUGUCUACACUUUGCAAGCGAUGUGUUAAAUCCGAAGAUAUAUCAGAUGACUUCUGCAACAGUACUACGGCAUUCUUUUGCACACAUUUCACUGCAUCAACAUUAACAUGUACCAAUGCAUUUCCUGGCAUCAAUGCACAUACUUUCUAUGAUAACAUGAAACGAAUGUAUAUGGAAGCGGGCGAAUCUUAUCCUAAUGUAGCGGCUGAUGAUGUCGGUAUAGAAGUUUCUCAGGAUUUUCGUACAAGCUUUUUCAUCUUAAUUGCUAUUUAUUUCCCAGCUGUUACUGGUAUUAUGACGGGGACAAAUAUGAGUGGUGACUUAAAAGAUCCGCAAAAGUCAAUUCCUUGUGGAACAAUUGCUGCAACAUUAACAACAUCCGCAAUUUAUUACGCAUUGGCUUUGCUAUUUGGUGCUUCAAUUACUGGACCGGUUUUACGUGACAAAUAUGGACGAAGCUUGGAUAGUUCGAUGAUUGUAGCAUUGUUAUCUUGGCCAUCACCAUGGAUCGUUAUCAUUGGUACUUUCUUGUCCACAUUUGGUGCUGCUUUACAGUGUUUGUGCAGUGCGCCACGCUUAUUACAAUCAAUUGCUAAAGAUGAUGUUAUACCAGCACUGGCACCGUUUUCCAAAGUUACAAGAACUAAUGAACCAUUUCUUGGCUUACUGGUAACAACACUGAUAGCGGAAUUUGCUAUAUUACUUGGUGCAGUGGAUAAAAUAGCUGAAAUAUUGGAUUUUUUCUUCUUGAUGUGUUACGCAUUUGUGAAUUUAAUUUGCGCGUUACAUUCAUUAUUGAAAGUACCAAAUUGGAGACCGCGAUUCCGUUACUAUCACUGGUCUUUAUCAUUAAUUGGUGCAGCUCUGUGUUUCUUUAUAAUGUUCGCAUCAUGUUGGCAGUAUGCAGUAUUUUCAAUCCUUUUAACUUUUGCUAUUUACAAAUAUGUGGAAUGGAAAGGAGCUAAAAAAGAAUGGGGUGAUGGAAUACGAGGUUUAGCGUUAUCAACAGCGCAAUAUAGUUUACUGAAAGUUGAGGACAAAGAUCCACAUCCGAAAAACUGGCGACCACAAUUGCUUGUUCUUGUGUAUGAUACUUGGUCCAAAGGUAUCAUUGACAAACGGAAUGUUAAUUUAAUUAAUUUGGCUGGGCAGCUAAAAGCAGGGCGCGGUUUAGCUAUUGUGAUAGCACUCAUAAAAGGUUCUGUUUGGAGUUAUGCUGAUCGACAGAAAGCUGAAGAGAUCAAGGAAAGUAUUCAGCAACAUAUGUUUCGAGUUCAUUUACGUGGUUUCAGCAAAACGUUACUUUUUGAUGAAAAUCAGAUAAGCGGAUGUUUUACGACAUUGUUUCAAAGUAUUGGUAUCGGUGGUCUGAAACCAAAUACUGUAUUAAUGAAUUGGCCUGAAAGAGAAGAGGAAAAUGCAAUUUUUGCCGUUGAGUUAGUUGAAGCUGUAGCAAAUGAUGAAUGUAUCAUGUUGGCUAAAGGUAUCACGGCAUUUUUAUCAUCAUCCAAUGAUCGUCUAACGGGUUACAUCGAUAUCUGGUGGAUUUUGCAUGAUAGUAAUCUACUUAUGUUAACUGCAUUUCUUCUCAAACAACAUAAGAUAUGGCGAGGAUGUAAAUUGAGAAUUUUUGCAAUUGCUGAAAUACCGGGAAAGAAUGUUGAAUUAAAAACAAUGUUGCAAAAAUAUAUUUAUAUGUUACGUAUCGAUGCAACAGUCUUUAUAGUAAAUGACGAAGUGAAUCAGAGUGAUGAUUCAUUACCGGAAACUUCGAAUGGACAAUCUCGAAAUGUUGCUGCUGCAGUUAUGAUUACCAUUAAAGAAAGAGCAUUUGUCCACAAUAACAACAAAUUUGUUGAAAAUGCUGCUGGUGAUAAUAACACAAUACAAACAACAACAACAACAACAGCUUUUAUCCAGAAUAGCUUGUCUUCAUUUUUAAAAGGCUAUUUAUCUGUUUACAAUCAAGGAGAAGACGAUUUUCUUGACGAUGAAAAUUGGAGGAAAAGUUUGGAAACAAUAAAACGUCUCAAUGAUGUUGUUGUGAGAAAUUCGAAAGAUUCACAAUUGGUCCUUCUAAGUCUUCCUCGUCCACCGAUCAGUAAAGAAAAAAUACUGUCACACUAUAUGCUUUACAUCGAUUUACUCACUUUGAAUCUUCAACGAGUUCUUCUCAUUUGUGGUAGUGGCAAAGAAGUUGUUACAAUCAAUUCCUGA